CUUUGAUUUAAAAAAGAGACAUGUCCAAACCUAUAUUUCUGGACGUUGAUUCCAGUAUUGUUGAACAAAACCUUCUAAUCAAGAAGGAUUCAGAGGAAGACGAAUUAAACAAAUUAUUUGAGCAGAGAAAUUAUCCGUCCAAAUUAAUAAAGCCAACUCCAGGCUUUUGCAUUAAAACCCGAGAACUCGCCGGAAAUGGCAAAGUAUUCAUCAAUAUAUGCCAAACAGACGCCAUUCCGCCGCCUAAAGACAUCACCACAGCCGAACUGCAAGAAAUCCUCGAAUCUGACGAACCCGGCGAUUAUCGGGUACCCAUGAGCAUCGGCGAAACUCGAAUAGAAAGCGACAAGAAAGGCGAGAAAGCGAAAGUUUGCGACGUCGCCAUCAACCCCUCUUUCUUUAACAAAGUCACUUCCAUUCCCGAAUUCAAGAACUUCUUCUUGGCUAUAGUGUUUCACGGUUUGCAGGACAAGUACAAUUUGGACUUCGUCGAGGAGAAAAUCAUUUUGCAGAAUCGCAAGGCGUUCGGUACUUUGCAAACGCACAGGAUCCAGCAGAGAGAAAUCGAACAGAAGAUGGCUGCGAACGGAAGUGAUGCUCCGUUGUUGGGAAGCGUCGGCGAUACUAAAAUAGGAAGGAAACCCAUGAUAGAAACUAUCUCUAGCGUGGAUAAUGUUGUUAAAGAACCUGAUUAUCGGCUAUACAAAAAGAAGGACGGGCAGAAUUGUUUGCAUGGUGAAUUUAAGUUACCGGAUGUGAUAUCUGUGAAAGAAUUAACUUUAGACGUUGGCGAAGAUAGAAUUUUAUUGGAAUCCAAAGUUAGAGGCUAUCUUCUCGAUAUAUUUGUUCCUUACAUUAUUAAGCAGAAGAACUGUUCGUCUGCAUUUAACAAAUCUUCUAAGGUUUUAACUGUUACUAUGCCUCUUGUUGGAGGAUAA